AAUGCGAGUACCGACUAUGUGGUAAACUGACGGUUAUUUCUUUUGCUGCUAUUUUUGGAUAACAAUUCAGAUAAAAAGCUACGUUUUUGACUAUCUCUUCCCCCUACGAAUUAUGAAGAAUAUACUGGUUUGAUAAAGGCGGAUACUAUUUGUCGGACAUCGUAAGUGUGCCCGGUCUAUUGGAAGGAUGGACACUCUAAUUCCCACCAUCAACCGGCUGCAGGAGGUCUUUCUCACAGUGGGUGCAGAGGUCAUACAGCUCCCUCAGAUAGUCGUGGUUGGAUCUCAGAGCAGUGGAAAGAGCUCUGUGUUGGAGAGCCUGGUUGGACGGGAUUUCUUGCCUCGGGGAUCGGGAAUAGUCACAAGACGACCCCUCGUGUUGCAACUUGUUAAUGUUGCCCCACUGCAGGAGAGACUGAAGAUUGAGAAUGGGGAUGGGGCAAAACAAAAUGCUCAAAUCAGCUACCCAGGUGUCAAAGCUGAAGAAUGGGGUACAUUCCUGCACUGCAAGAACCAGGUCUUUGCAGAUUUUCAAGAAAUUCGUCGGGAAAUUGAAGCGGAAACUGAACGCACUUCUGGUGACAACAAGGGAAUCAGUCCGGAGCCCAUAUAUUUGAAGAUUUUUUCCCCAAAAGUCCUUAAUCUCACCUUGGUUGAUUUACCUGGAAUUACUAAGGUUCCUGUUGGGGACCAGCCAGAGGACAUUGAGACACAAGUUCAAGAGAUGAUCUUGUCCUUCAUCUCCAAUCCAAACUCCCUCAUCCUCUCAGUGUCCCCUGCCAACUCUGAUUUGGCCACCUCUGAUGCUCUGAAAUUGGCUCGUGAAGUUGAUCCAGAUGGUCGUCGUACACUGCUGGUGGUCAGUAAGCUGGACCUGAUGGAUGCAGGGACUGAUGCUCUGGAGGUCCUUCUGGGUCGAGUCAUUCCAGUCAGACUUGGAAUUAUCGGGGUGGUUAACAGGAGCCAGCAUGACAUCAAUACCCAGAAGAGCCUGGAGGACACCAUGAAGGAUGAGCAGGCUUUCCUGCAGCGCCACUACCCCUCGAUCGCCUCCCGCUCUGGCUCACGCUAUCUAGCCAAAACUCUCAGCAGGCUGCUUAUGCAUCACAUCCGGGACUGCCUGCCGGAGCUCAAGACCCGAGUGACGGUGCUAAGUGCCCAGUACCAGACGCGGCUCAAUGGCUAUGGCCAGCCAGUAGAAGACCACAGCGCAACCCUGCUGCAGAUUGUCACCAAGUUUGCCAGUGAUUACUGCAACACCAUUGAGGGAACAGCCACGCACAUCCAGACCUCAGAGCUCUGCGGGGGAGCACGGAUCUGUUACAUAUUCCAUGAGACCUUUGGGCGCACUUUGCAGUCCAUCGACCCCCUGGGAGGACUGACUGAGCUUGAUAUCCUUACUGCCAUCCGCAAUGCUACGGGUCCGCGACCAGCACUUUUUGUGCCUGAGGUGUCCUUUGAGUUGUUGGUGAAGCGGCAAAUUAAGCGUCUGGAGGAGCCCAGCAUGCGCUGUGUAGAGCUGGUACAUGAAGAGCUGCAGAGGAUCAUCCAGCACUGCUCCUCCUUUAGCACACAUGAGCUUCUGCGAUUCCCAAAAUUGCACGAUUCCAUUGUGGAAGUAGUGACUGGAUUACUGAGGAAGCGCUUACCGAUUACUAAUGAAAUGGUGCACAAUUUAGUAUCAAUAGAGCUCGCCUACAUCAACACAAAACAUCCAGACUUUACGGAUGCGGCGCAGGUCUCUGCUUCUGUCAACAGUCAGCAGGCGGAGGGCCCUGAUGGAGGGAAGCGUUGGAAAAAUGAGAAGGUUGCGGAAGAGAGACUACCAGCUGCAGGCUUUGGCAGUCCCAGCAAAGGCCAGGCCAUUAACCUCCUUGACACAGCGGUGCCCGUAUCCCGAAAGCUUAGUGCGAAGGAGCAGAGAGAUUGCGAGGUCAUCCAGCGCCUCAUCAAGUCCUACUUCCUCAUUGUCCGCAAGAGCAUCCAAGACAGUGUUCCCAAGACAGUGAUGCACUUCCUGGUGAACUUUGUGAAAGAGCAUCUGCAGAGUGAGCUGGUGGGUCAGCUUUAUAAACAGCGACUGCUGCAGGAGCUGCUCAUUGAGUCACAGGACACGGCACAGCAGAGGACCGAAGUUGCUCAAAUGCUCCAGGCACUCAAAAAAGCUAAUAACAUCAUCUCUGAAAUCCGGGAAACCCAUCUUUGGUAGCCAGAGGAAAAGAACAAUUCCCCUGUCAUAGGAUCGCUUUGAGAGUAUGAGAGUGUAUGUGAGUUUACAGCACAGAGAGAGUGUGUGUGUUUGUCUUAUGUGUGGCAGCACCACUGUUUUCUCAUGGACCAAUGACCGUAGCACAUUAAGAUCUACUUUUUUCAUGUCAGCUGUCGCCCUGACCGGUACACUGGGGCUGUUGCUUUUCACUGUGAAAGUUGUGUAACAAAGCAAUUGAUUAAACACUCAGGCCGAAAGUGUUACUGCAAAGUUGGUAUGUGAAAGACACAGCCGCGAACAAAAUCCUCUUGCGUCAUGUUAUUAUAAAACGUUUGUUGGGUGGUAAGAUUGUUGCUGUAAAUGUAAAAUGUUGAUUAUAUGUGGAGUAUCUAAGUUGUUCUCUAGGGUUUUUUUUAUUUUUUGGAACAAAAUGUGUUCACACUGUACAAUUCCACACUUUCCAAAAAACCUGGGUUUCCCCUGAGUCCCUUUAGCAGGUGCUAAAACUAUGUUGGAUUACUGUAGAUGUGUUUCAACUUCAGUCCCCUUUGUUGGAGCACUCACUGGAGAUGGAAAUGAAGUGGAAAUCUAAUUCAAUCAAUGCUGACUGCAAUGCAACGCUGAAACCAGAACACAGUCAUUUACAGAAAUUACAGGUUGAAUACAGAUUGUUUUUCCAACUCUGUAGUGCUAAUCAAUAUCAAGUUUAUUUCCCAGAGCCAGAUUUACAUAUCAGCCCCUUUACACUGUUAACUCUACUGCACUGAAUUUCUAGUUUUGUGUGCAGUCAUAAACGAGGAAACCAAACAUUCCCUACUACAUUAUCCUCUUUUUAGAGGUUUGUAGGAGAUGAGUCAGACAGCUAUAGUAUCCAGAGUGUAUAUACUAUAGUAUUUAGAAAACAGAAAUGAUUAAAAUGUAUAAGAAUAGUCAGGAGAUAAUGUUUUAUGGGUAGGGUGCUCCAUCAUUUGUUAGAUUUUAGAUCCAGAUGGAGGGACUCUAAUGUUCUGUAGCUUCUCUUUAUUCCCUCGAGCCAUUUGUUUGCCGGUUUCCGCUGUUAAUGAUACAGAGAGAUAAGAUAGUUCCCUAUUAUUGUCCCUGUCCAGUUGUAAGGACACUGCUCCAAGGAUGAGAAACUCAGUGUGCAGAUACCUCCUGCAUGCAGAGCCAUUUGCUUCUGUGCCAAUUAUAAUCUCAUUGUGUAAUAUUGCUAGACGUGUAAAAAAAUAUUCAUCUUUUUCCAUCUGUUCCCAACUUAGGUUGUUGUUCAGGCAGAUUCCUCCCCCAAAGUGCUAUAUCUAUUAAUAUGAAUCUCCUCUAAUAACCAAAACAAAUAGUUAUCCUAUAAACAUUAGGCUUUUUCAGGAAGAUCUGCCUUAAGGGUGACCAUCAAACAGCAACACUUCUGACUUCUUCUGCUGUGAUCAGGGAGCAAACACAACAUCCUGUCAGUCUUUCUGAACGCCCUGUGUAAGUUUGCAUGUGUGUGUUCAGUAUGCAUGUGUGGACGUAUGAAUGGCUGAUUUAUGUAUAUUUUGUAUUAUUUAAAUGUACAUUAUUAUCAUGUGUCAACUGCCUAUGAGUUCUUGCCUGCCAAUGUUUGUGAUACAUGUUUACUGAAUGAAGUCUGUUGGGAUCAGAAGGACUCAUUAAACCCUAACAAAGGACACUGUA